UAUAUAUAUAUAUAUUAUUUUUAGAUUGCAAUGUUACAAUGUAAUGUGAUUUAACCUUUUGCACAUAACAUAUGCCUACAUGCUUACAUUCACUUUAUUUGUUUAUUCCAAAUACAAAAUACCAAGAUAUAUAGGCUACUGUAUACCGCAAAUCAUCCAGAAAAUACAGAGAUAUGAAUUUUUGCUCAUAUUGUCCAGCCCUAUACAGAACUGGGGUUUUAAUGAAAGUGUAAUGGAGGUUUCUUUCUUUUUUUUAAAUAGCAUUAAAUAAUAAUAAUGAUAAUAAUAUUAACUAAACAGUUACAGUAAACAGUAAAAAACUGUAAAAAGUAAAACUUUAAACUUGUUUUGCUUUCAGAGGUGGAUGCUGCUGUUUGGGAAUGCAGUCAUUUAGCAGUUUUGGGAGGCAUUUAUACAGAAAUCUCUCGAUUCUGAUGCAACGCUUCAAACUGCACAUUCAAAGCAGGGCGAUGGAAACCCAGCUAUCACAAAUGAUUUCCUCAAUUUCAUCUUACAAUUAUAUCGUUUGCGAUUACAAAUGCGAUGUUGCAUAGCUUGUCAGUGAACUACGGCUCUGUGUAGUAAAUGCUGCUUUACCUGAAAGCAGGCGAUGGAGAUUCACUGCUAACCACAGAACCAGCUUUACUGACAAAAUCUGCAUGAUGAUCAUGAUUAAUGAGGAUCAUUGCUUUGUUACAAAAUGCAUUCAUUGACUACAUCUCUCAAAGUUCAUGAAUUCUUUUCUCACUCAGACACAACAACUGACAAAACUCUUUGUACAAACAGGCCAGUUUGCACAUGCUUACAUACUGUUUCAAAACUGUUAAACUUAUGUUCAGAACAAUAACAUAAUACAAAUAAUGACAGUCCUAGUGUGUAACAGGUGAUGUCUUGCACACCGAUGAUGGCUCCAUCAUCUACAUCUCUGUUGGGUUAGUCAUCGUUCUGGUCAUCUUCUUCCUGGUGCUGGUGCUGCUGUGUUUGAAGAGAAGCAGGAAAUCACCAGGACUUACUCAAUCUGGACUUCCACAACAGGUCUCCGUUGUGCUUCUUCCUUUGAAUGAAAACACUGCAGAGGACUUUAACGACCACAAAUAUGAGGAAAUCAACAAGCUGCAGCACAAGAACAAAGACAUCACAUCUGUCUACAUAACAGCAGAUAAACCAGAAGAUCCAAAGAUCUACACAACAGCAGAUAAACCAGAUGUUUCAACGAUCUACACAACUGCAGAUAAACCAGAUGUUUCAACGAUCUACACAACAGCAGAUAAACCAGACGAUCCAAUGAUCUACUCAACAGCAGAUAAACCUGAUGAUUCAACGAUCUACUCAACAGUAGAUUGACCAGAUGAUCCAACCGUAUGAUGACUUUACUGACUGCGUCUCAGAUUUUAAGAAGAAAUUUUGGAUAAAGAAAUCCCAGAUUUAAAAAAUACAUUUUGGAUAAAAUAAAGCAAGAUGUUAAGAAGACAUUUUGGAAAAAUCAGCUUAAUUGAGAAAUCAUGUCCUCAUCUACUUGACUUUGCAGAACAGAUGUAGACAGUCACUCAUUGGACUCAUAAAGAGGUCUAACUCAAUCUGACCUGAUGACAUCAUUAUCACAUGUCACAGCUGAUUGGUUUUCUCCUGUAUCAGUAGCCAAUGAGCUCGCUGCUCAACACUCAAAUAUAUAACUAGUGCUUGUCAUAGCAGUUGUAGUUAGCGAAUUCAACAUCUAAGAUAAGUGAAUGCUCUUCUAAUCCAUAGUGCUGUGUGUAUUGCAUGGCCUGCCUAACUGAAUAAAAAAAUGAGCAACCAUAAUCAAGUUUUAAACUAAGUGUCAUGUUAGCAGUUUGCAUUGUGUGCAGGGGCGAAUAAUAAGCGUAUUAUCAGCAGCAUUUAUCAUGUGUGUUAUACAGCUGGAGCAAAACACAGUUUAGAGCAUAUGCAGUCGAUGUUAGCACACACCGAUAGUGACGGACUUGAAACGGGUUAAAUGAAAUAAGCAUUCUUGUGUAUGUAUUUGAACGUGGGUUCGCCAUAUGCAUCCGCGAUUAUCCCUGUGUUCACAUUUGUUAUUUUUAAGGUUGAUGUUUUUAUUAUGAAGAGUGUGUGGAUAAUUUCAGCUGCACACAGCGUCAGAAGCGUGUGCUUAUCACAGUCGUAUCAAUGACAGUGUUGCUGGAGAUGCUGAAGAUCUCUGUCUAUGGCUGUAACCGUUAGUUCAGAGUGAAAUGCAUUAUGGAUUGCAUUAUGCAUUAUGCAUGCUUAUAAUGCAUUAUGCUUGUUGGGGGGUGUUUUGUCUUGUCUUGGUGGUUAUUUCAUGUAUGUAAUAUUUGCAGCAGUAAUAUUUCUUACAUGCUCUUUCUUCUCUUUCUUUCAUUGUCUUGUACAUCACCAUGUCAAUCCCGCAGAGAGCUGUCAUGACACAACUUCACCUCUGUUUUAGCUGUUAUUUCUUGUGUGUUUCUUUUCAGUCUAACUUGUACCAGUGACGCAUACAAUGGCAGAAGACAAAGGAAGAGGAAGUCUUUAUCUUUUCACAUGCAUGAUUUACACACUGCCAGGAACCACCUGAAACACACACACGCCAAGAGAGAGCUUCAGACCUGUGUAAAACUGAGUCUACUAACAACAGAGAAGAUCACUGAAUGAGAAGAAUGAAGAUCUUCUGGACUUUCACUCUGCUGAUGAUUCCUGGUGUGUUGAGCUCCAUCAGUGUGAGAGGAUAUUCAGGAGGAGAAGUCAACAUCACAUGCAGAUAUGAUAGAGAAUAUACAGAGAAGAACAAGUAUUUUUGUAGAGGAGAGUGGAAAAUAACAUGCUCUGAACUUAUCAAGACUGAUAAGGAAAACAAAUGGGUUGAUUCUGGAAGAUUCUCUCUGUUUGACGACACAACAGCAGCAGUUUUCACUGUGACCUUCAGAGAUCUGAGUGAACGGGAUUCUGGGACGUACUGGUGUGGAGUUAAGAAACGAGGACCAGAUCCUUACACUGAAGUGAAUCUGAUCGUUGAAUCAGGGAAUAGCACAUAUCGACCACCGUUGGCAUCAUCACCAUCAUCAUCAAUCACAGCUCCACCUGUUUCACUAAAUUCCCAGCCAUCAGCAUCUGAUUUAACACUGAAAUCUCCAUCUGUCAAAGGCUCGUCUCUGAUCAUCGGUGUGUCUGUAACUCUGCUUCUACUCAUCAUCGGCCUCGUUUCAUUUAUAGUGGCUCUCUGUAAGAAGCAUCAGGCUCGAGAUAAAGACCCUGAGUCAGACUCUAAAAGGUCUGCACCUGGAACAGAAAAAAGUGAAGAGGUUCCUGAAAUGCCUUACAUUUAUGAGGAUAUUAAAGACACCAGGCCUCAAACUGACUACAAAACUGCCCCAUUACCCACAAACCCCUCUGAUUCUACUAAAACGGUCUAUGCGACUACACAAUUACCCACAAACCCCUCUGAUUCUACUAAAACGGUCUAUGCGACUACACAAUUACCCACAAACCCCUCUGAUUCUACUAAAACGGUCUAUGUGACUACACAAUUACCCACAAACCCCUCUGAUUCUACUAAAACUAUUUAUGCGACUCCACAAUUACCCACAAACCCCUCUGAUUCUACUAAAACGGUCUAUGCGACUCCACAAUUACCCACAAACCCCUCUGAUUCUACUUAAAUGGUCUAUGCAACUCCACAAUUACCCACAAACCCCUCUGAUUCUACUAAAUCCAUAGACAUCAAAUAGGUAGACGCCCCAUCGAACACUACUGCCUAUUGGCACGGUCGAGCUGUGGAGCCGCCAUCUUGGAUCGGUCACCAGCUCCACUCAGUCUAACUUGUUUGCCAGGAGCAAUGAGCUGUCCACACAUUUUAUUAAUCAUAACUCACUGAAUACCUAACUGAUUUUUUGCUGCAAAGGUCAUUCAUGUAGCUAUGAUACAGGACACAUGAUUCAGCAUAUUUUAAUAUUCAUAGUAGGCUUAACAGUUAUAUCAUAUUCUGAAAUAAGAUAUAAAGCGACAAGACAUCCAAAAUCAAAAUAUGUGAUGUCGGAUAUAAGGUAAUUUAAGUCACACGCACAAGAAGUCACAAGAAGCAGAAACAGAUAGUUGCAGUAAAAUAAGAUAUUUUAAUAAGUUAAAUAAGAAACUAUUUAUAAUGAUUUGUGACAUAGUCUCUCUCUCUCUCUCUCUCUCUCUCUCUCUCUCUCUCUCUCACACACGUCAUGUGUAUACAUUGCUUCCUGAUAUCAUGUGCGCAAACACAAAUAACAAUUAUGUCCGGUCGAACAAUCUAUGAAUUAACUUCAGACUUCAGACUAGGACACCUAAUGCUAUAAGUAAGUUUUGUGCAUCUAACACGUGCUUUCAAACUUCUUUCUGAUCUGAAUAGUAAGUUAUGUGGAAAACACUUGAGUUGAGAGAGAGAGAUACAUAGUCAGUCAAGUCAAGUCACCUUUAUUUAUAUAGCGCUUUAAACCAAAUACAUUGUGUCAAAGCAACUGAACAACAUUCAUUAGGAAAACAGUGUGUCAAUAAUGCAAAAUGAUAAAUGUUAAAUGCAGUUCAUCAUUGAAUUCAGUGAUGUCAUCUAAUGUUAGCUACCUACGAUCUCAGUACAGUACUAUCAAAGAUCCUUGCUCGUUCUCAAUUCUCUGGAUUUAAGGACAAAAUACAACCAAUAGUACAAUAGUAAUGUUAAAUCUUAAAUGUGAAAAGUAAUCCGCCGGGCCGUACUUGCGAUGGUCCGCUGAUUAGAACAGGAAAAAGCUGCACAGUGCUCUGGGAUCUUAACUGCUGCUAUGCAACGAAGCUAGGGGUACAACCGGUAUAAAAUGGUGGCCACAAAUCUCAGCGCCCAGCGGCCAAUAGAGCAUCUACCUAUGUGAUGUCUAUGACUAAAACAGUCUAUGCCACUCCACAAUUACCCACAAACCCCUCUGAUUCUAGUAAAAUGAUCUAGACCACUCCACAAUUACCCACAAACCCCUCUGAUUCUAGUAAAACGGUCUAUGUGACUCCACAAUUACCCACAAACCCCUCUGAUUCUAGUAAAACGAUCUAAGCCACUCCACAAUUACCCACAAACCCCUCUGAUUCUACUAACGCUGUUUAUGCUAAGAAGCUCAUGUGCACUCCCAGCAGGCACAGUACAUCAAUGUGA